GAAGUUGAUCCCGGGCGUGUAUAAAGACGCUUCCGGUUCUCCUCUUGAAAGAAACAUAUUUUGAAACAUUCAUGGCUUAACGUUCCAAAAAAGAUACAAAAAAGCAACAGCUCAAGAUGAAUUACGUUCCAGGGACGGCCAGCCUCAUAGACGACAUCGACAAGAAGCACCUGGUGCUGCUCCGAGAUGGCAGGACUCUGAUCGGAUACCUCAGAAGCAUUGAUCAGUUUGCCAAUUUAGUUUUUCAUCAGACAGUUGAGCGCAUCCACGUGGGGAAGAAAUUUGGUGACAUCCCCAGAGGAAUAUUCAUAGUGAGGGGAGAGAAUGUGGUGCUGCUGGGAGAGAUAGAUGUGGAUAAGCCCUGCGACACGGUCCUGCAGCAGGUCUCCAUCGAAGAGAUUCUGGAGGAGCAGCGGUUGCAGCAGCAAACCAAGCAGGAGACGGAGAAAGUGAAGAUGCUGGCCCUGAAGGACCGAGGCCUUUCCAUCCCCAAAGCUGACAACUUAGACGAAUACUAACCUCGAUUCCACGAGCCUCUUUCUCAGUUUAUCGGACUUAUCAUUUUUACUUUGAGUUUGAUAGAGCUUGAGAGUGUUGUAUUUUUUUUAUGGGUACAAGGCUGCAUCAUGCUGGGCCUGUAUACUGUAUAGUGUACUGUAUGAAUUUCAGUUGAAUUAUUUGGAGAAAAAAAUGUGAUGGCUGCUCUCACUUCUGCAGAUCCUUACAGCAAAAUGAAAGAAUCCUGUGUUUGUAUAAAAGCACUCUGUUGGCAAUUUAGCAUUUAUUUUACAGCAGCACUUUCUAUUUUGUCAGUGAUAUGUUGAGCCUUUUCAUUUGGAGAUUAUGCGGGCCUGAUAUUGACAAAAACUACACGCUAUGCUCCAUUAAAGAGUUUAGUUUUUCAUUAUGCAA